CAUGCAGAGCCACGCAAUGCGAAUUGUCCGGAGUAUCGGUCAGGCUUUUGAGGUGUGCCAUAAACUGAGUCUCCAGCAUGCCCAUGCAGCAGCAGAUGGUCAAGCUGACGGAGAGAGCGAUAAAGUUGGAGAUGAAAUCCUAGAUACGAGAGAAGGUUACUUUGAUUAUAGGUAUUUUGUUUUCAAUCCAGUAAGAGGCAUAGACGGUGGCAACGAGAUGCACUCGACAGGGUCACAGAGGAUGCGGGAACGAGAUGAGACUGACGGUGUCUCGGUAGAACCAACAACGUUAGAAGGGAGAUCAUCAAGCAAGAAAAGGUCUCACCUAAACUCAUCCAUCCACUCGCAUAAAGUCAAGACAAACUCGUCCAUCCGCUCACAUGAAAGUGUCCAACAAAACACAUCUAUCCUGACUCCUGAUGAGCCCAGUAUGCCCUCACUCAGUCUAUACCAUCAAAGGCAGCUUCUUCAGCAGCAAUUGCAGCAGCAGGAGGCACAGACCCAGGUGGCCCUGGCUCAGGUGCAGCUCCUCAAGGAUCAGCUUGCUGCAGAAACUACAGCCAGGCUAGAAGCACAGACGAGGGUCCAUCAGCUUCUCUUGUACAACCGAGAUCUUCUGAACCAUCAGCAGGAGUUGGUGGCACACAUACAGGACAUGGAGUCCAAGUUCCAUGGCUCGAUGUCCCACAGUCCUGGAAACCCUUUCACCAUCCCUCCACCCCUGCCAUUGGGGGCUGACUAUGGUCUCUCACCGCACGGUCUUGUCCUACCAGAGUUCCCAGCCAUGGAAGAUACGCUCUUUAACGGGGGCAUGGACCACAGCCAGGCCGUCUAUGAGAACGCAAACUUUGGGCGUGGCAUGGGGGUCGGGAUGGCACCCAUGAAUAUCUCCACAGAGGCGAUGCCAACCAUGCAAGGGGCACAGAGCGUCAGCAGCAUGAGCGAUAGCAACAAUGAGCUCAACAACGACGGACAGGAGAACCACCAGGAAGACUUCACUGCGUCCAUCGAUGAAGAGGGUACAGUCAUGAACCUCAAGAAGUUGAACAUUUCGGAAGAUAAUGCAGGCAGUAGAAUGUCGCAGGGUGCAAACCUUGAUACGUCAAGUUCAAGUAUCCCCUAUGCCGGGUACGUGGAUUCAAGACAGUGUGAAACAAAUGGUAAUGGGGAUAUACGCAUCAUCGUCCCUGCUCCUAUGCAGGAUGCGACGGCCAAUCCUCUUGCCCUUGGGCACAACCAGGCAGAAGUAAAAGCCACCAAUAACCAGCAUAAUUCAUCCAGGAAAAGGUCCGCACCAUCGCAUCGGGGCUCGCUCCCCGUCGAGAUGAGUGCCACGCCCCCAUCCUACGAAAUGGCGGUGGAGCUCACAUCUAAUUCCGCCCCACCAACCCCUCAACCCCAGCUGGACGAUAGCCUCUCCAACGCCGUCGAACCCAUCGACAAGCCGUUCAAGCGGAAGUCGACGUCAUCGCGGGACUCGAGAGAGAGCUACCAAGCGCGGGGCAGCGUCCACAGCAUUGAGGCGAUGAAGGAGGCUAAGCGAUCGGGUAGCAUCGAAGAAGAGGACAUGUCCACCACACCUGAUUCCAGUCUCCAAUCACCCCAGACUCCCCAAUCCCCUCAGUCAGACCUAGCCAUCCCGGACACCAAGCUACACAUUAGCUUCAGUGAUGAUGAGAAUACAGAGAACUCUGAAGACUCUGGGGUUCCUAGACCUCCAAGGGCUUUAGAAUCAAUGACCUUUGAAGAAAUCGAAUCCCUAUAGAAAUUUUUAAUCAAGUUUUGAUGAUUGGCACUUGCCAAUGUCAACCCUUUUUUAUAGGCCCAUGUAGUAGCUUGUGUAUAAAUGCUAUUAAAUUGUAAAUCCUGUAUCUAAAGACCAAAUUAAAUGUCUGUAUACAUGUAUUUUGUAUGAAAGAUGAAAUGAUUCAUACAUAGCUUGUCAUAAGAUGUAUUAUGUAUAAAUUGAGACUUGAUGCUGACAUGGUAAAUGCUAUGUUCUCUUUCACAUUUUUAUGUUACAGGUAGUUUUAGAACUCCGUUUUCAGAAUUUCCAUAAAAAGAUAGCUAGUUCCAAAUUGUUCCAUGGGUAUUCUGUUCAUCUCCAUCAUGAAUGUUGUGAUUUUUAAAAGGCAAUAGGAAAAAAAUAAUCAUGAAAUAUAUUAACUGUUUGAACAUGAUGAAUGAUUUUAUGUCAUUAAGUUUAGUACAUUAUUAUUUCUGGUGCUUAGAUUUAUUUUGCAUAUUUAUUUGGGGUGUAUUGCCUGACAUAUUAACUUAUUGGAUCUGUUUGUACUCCAACUCAGUUACAAUAUUUGUUGACUCAGGCCAACAAGUCAUGUACAAAGAUCCUAACAUUGUGUAUGACAUUGCACAUAUAAAUAGCAGAUAAAGGUAAUUGAUUUUUAUGAAAUAUUUUAUUUAUUUUCAAUGAUAGUAGAUCAGCAUGCAUUCACAUAGACCAUGCAUCGUUCUUUUUUAUAUAGAAAUACUUAUGUUCAUCAUACCAGACAAUAAAUAUAGGCUGAAAUACUUCACAUAGUCACUAAAAUAGUCACAGAUUUUUCUCUUUUUUUUGCUAAUUGAGAGGUUGUCAUUAUUCUGUUGUUGUGUGUAACAUGAUUUUGACACUGGCUAGAGGCGGAAGAGGAAACUCGUAAUUUACACUAAAGGUCAUCUCUCAAUGAUUGAUCAUUAAAUUGGCAAUUCUAAUGAAUUUAGAUGCAUAUUUCAUAACUUGACCUUUCUAACGAUCAAACCUCCAGCAAUGCUUGAUCAUGUUUCAUUGGUUAUAGUUGCUAUGUUAUUUCUGUAUUUUCUAUGGUAACCUCAAUGAUAUUUUUCCUUUUUUUUACAAUCAGGAUUGCAUGGGUAAUAUGUUCAUAUAGAGAGCUAUAUUGCACUUGUAUUAUAUUGUAUAUAUGGACACGCAUCCUAACAUUGUUUUAAUAAACUGUAUUUGACAAAGGAAAUUAAUUGUGUAAAUUGAUGUGAUACCUAGAAAGGUUGUACAGAAGAAAAUCUCUUUAUGUGUGCACUGCUUCCAGUAUGAAAUUCAUAAAAAUUAUGUGAAUAUUAUGAACAUGGCAGAUUUAUACAUUAGCACUUUGUUUUCAGCCUAAAAAUGUCAGCUUGUAUCCUGUGUCUGCCAAUGCCAGUGAUAUGCUAGAUCUAUAUAUAUAUUUGUGAUGAAAGAGCAUUCUAAUUAAUUAUAACAGGCGUAUAUGUAUGUACAUUGUAUUCAAAUUUAUUUUUGCAGGCAUAUUAUUAUAUUAGAAGAUAUUGAGGAGCAUUUUCGAGAUAUAUAUAAUUUCUUUGGAUUGUAUUCAUAUUGGUGUGUAUCAUUCCACUAUUGUUUCUGCAUAAGAAAUGAGGACAUACAGGGGAAGUUGAGUCAUUCCUUAUCUUUUACAGGGCGUGUAAAAACAGAAAACCCAAUUUAUAUGUACUUUUGUUUAGGAAAAUAUUAAAUCGAUAAGAAUGACAAUUACAUCUCUCAUACAACUUAGUACCAUUUGAAUGAUAACUUGAUUAGGUUUCUACGGCCAUAUUGUACAUCAUUGUUGUAAGAAAGGAGUUCAGACUAAUGGCUGUAUCAUUCCCACAUGACAAUCAAAUAGGCAGAAUUGUUUGCUUUAAAUAAUAAACAUGGAGAAAUUCCAUUUUACCACAUGACAAUAAAAAUGUUGAAAAACUUCAUCAAUAUCACUUCUCAAGGAUGUUUUAUGUGUUUAAAAUGAAAUUUUUCAUUUUAUUUAAAGCAAACAAAAUUUUGGUAACAACAGAGAAACAAAUUACAACCCAAGACAACUGCUAAGAUUUUUAAUUUUUUUCUUUUUUUUAAAUCUUGUAUCAUCAUUUUUUUCCCAUUUCAUAGUAUGCAAAUGAACCAAUGACAAUUUCUCAUGAUUAUUUCAAAAGAUGUAUAUUGUAGAAACCCAUCUAGGUCUCAUUCAAAUGGUAAUUAGAAAUAUAUUUUAAAGCAAUUUCUUUUUAUUUAUUGAAACUGAUUAUUUUUUUCUAAUAAAAAUGUAUUAAAUGUUAGUUUUCAUUUACACAUAUUUUGAUGAACCCUGUAGUAUUCAUCAUUUUAGUGUUUCUGAUGCAUGGGCUAGAAUAUGAAACAAUCAUUUUUAUGAGUGAUUCUUUGCAUCAUGUAUAAAAUGUAUCCUGUGCUUGAUAUGUUUCAAUUUCUUUUACAUUCCUUGGGGGAAUAUUGAUGAUUUUCAAACACAAUCAAUUUUAUCUGCAAUGUACCUUCUACCAUAUAUUAGGUUAAGAUUAUUUAAAGUUUACAUUAAUUUUGUUUGAAACAAAGUAAGAAUUUGCCAAAUCAUAAACCUUAUAAUUACAUAGUGAAAAGAUAACCCAUAUAUUGAAUUUAAAGGAAGAUAUCAUUGAGUGUUUGUAGCAUGUAGAUAUAUCACAUGUAGAAUAAUAAUUUCCCCUGACUUAAUCAAACAACAGUACAGGUGUAACAUACCCUUUUAAUGAUAAUAAUAAUAAUGAUAAAAGUAAAUAGUAGUAAGAUCUCACAUUUAUGAAUUCCUUCCUACAGCAUGCUUAUAUUGUAGCUUCAUGAUUCAAUCUUCAUUUCAAAAGUAAGAUAAAAACUUCAUACAAAGUAACAUUGAAGUGUGAGUUGAUACAAAAGUAAUAACAAAUUGUAAAAAAAAAAUAUAUAUAUUGUAAGCAAAAUGCUUUAAGGAGUGUCCCUAUGCCUAUUGACUAUCUUCUGAAAAUUACAUUUGAUGAUCAAGCCUAGCAUGAGUUGAGUACACAUUAAAGGCACAAAUUUUUUACUUUUCAAAAGUCACCACGUUCAUCUUUGGCUAAUCUAUUAGAAAAUAUGUGUGAGGUUUUUUUUUCUUUUGCCUAUAGUAUGGUAUGAACUAAUUCUCUUGUGAUUUUUGCUAAGUAACAAUAUUAUGUCUUUAAAACCAAAACAUGCCUGCUCUUACCAUGGACCUAGGUCCAUGCUCUUACAGAUCACCAUUACAAUUCCAUCCCACUCUCAUUUGGUAUUCAGUUCAUGAAUUUGGCUAUUUUAUCUUUAAUUUGAGACAUCUCUUGAGGAUACAGAUUUUUAAGUCUUAUUUGGCAGGUAUAUUUUUAUUAUGCAAACAUUCCUGGCCAUGCAGGAGUAAAAUGGUCCAAUUUAGUGCAAAAUCAAUUGCACACUAUUUUACAAGCAGUGAGAAGUCACAUUGCUCCUUUAUUCAAGUGUUGGUUUUAUUGUAGUUCGGUGAAUUAAAAUGCCAUGUUUUAUGUUAUUUUGAUGUUGUUUCAUUUCUUAGCCAAGCAAAAUGUUUAGUAAAGUUUUACUUGUCUAAACAUUCAAUUGAAUACCACUCCAUGGUAUUAUGAAACUCUAGCUUGGAGAUAGAUUACACUGCCAUUCAAAUUAGCAUUCGCAAAACAAGGAAAUGUGAAUUUAGUCAUGAACAUUCAAAUUUCACCUCAGAAAAAAAGUUUGUAUUUCAUAAGAGUAUGAUUGUAUUCAAAGUCGAAGAAUCUAAGAGGCUAGUUCAAUUCAUUAAUGUAAAACAAGUUUUUCAAUUUUAACAAUUUUUAUUUAUUCAUCAAGUCAUUUUGUAAUCAAGACAAAAUUUAAAUCUUGUUACAUUAUCAUGGUUACUGUCAACUUUUAGUGAAACAGACGCAGUCUUUUGGUGCAUACUACACUGGCAUUUUUGAAAAGAAAUACAUUUUUUAAUGAUAUUUGUAAUAUUUUUAUUAUAUUAUCUUAAGUGAAAAUAUUCUCCUUUUUUAAUUAUCAUGCACUGCCAAAUUCAUCCAAAAUUUAUUUGACAAUCUGUGAUCUAUAAGGAUUCCAUUGGGUAAAUUUGAUACCUGAGUUUUUAAACAACAGUAAGAUAACAUUAUAAUUUAUGUAUUUAUUAUACAGUAAUCAUAUUUAUUUCAUGUUGUCACAGAAGAUUAAGUGCCCCUUCCCCCCCAAAAAAGUGAUGAACAAGUCAACACUAAUCGUGAUACAAGGAGAAUAUUGAAUGGUGUUGACAAUUGGGCAAACAGUAAAAGAAAGUCAACAGACAAUGAUAUGACAGCAAUAAUGGUAUAUAUUGACAAACCUGGCAAGAAAUUUAUAAAGCUGGUGGAAUUGUAGUCGGGUUCCUUUUCAUGCGUGAUACUAUUAGAAACCGGUGGAUGUUUCAUAAAGCUGUACGUAAGUUAUGAGUGACUUUACAAACAACUGGUGACCCUUUCUUAGGGACUACAUCAACACCAAUUAAAAAAUAUGAUGGGUAUCAUUUACCACAAGAAAGGAUCACCAGGUCAUAAAGUACAUGUAGCUCAUGACUUACGAACAGUUAUACGAAACACCCACCUGGAUGCAAAGAACAUGCAAGCUUUAUAAGCAGUUCAGCCCAUUAUAGUCAGGCUUUGGUAAAGCAGUUUGAUAUGUAUACCCUAGUAUUAACACUACGAGAUUCAAGUGUGCUUUGGAUUAUCAGCUAAUGCCAUGUGUACAUGUAUUUAUGUCAUUGGAAUUAUGUUUCUUUACCCAUUUGUACAUCUUUAUUUUUCUCAAUUUUGGCAAACAAUUUCUUUAUACAAUCAUUGACCUAAUCUAUCUACACUCAUUGUUCUCUCCAAUUUUUUUCAGUUCACUUGCUAGGAGAGUUGACUUACACACACUCUGCAUAUAUCAGGGAUUCUAUAUCAGGCAAUCAUCUCAUAAUUUUUGUUUUAAAGUAGUAGUAUAUAUCUUUUUGUUUAAGAAGAAAGUAUGUAAUUACUUAAUUUGCUACUUUUCCCAGUUGCCCUGGGCCACCAUCAUUACUUCAUUAUAUGAAGCAAAGGCAAAAUAGAGGGUCUCUGUUAUAUAGCGAUGCAACAAGAAAAAGUACCACUAAUACGUCAUUAAGAUGGGGGCCAAGUUGUUAUCUUUCAAUUUAUAUCCCUCUUGAGUUAUUAUUUCUGAACUAUUAUUCACUCCCCUAAUUUGCAUACAAACUUAACAUUAACAUUAUGCGGUAGAAUUAUAUGUUCUCACUUUACAUUGAAAUGUAUUCUUAAUAAUGUUUUAGAUGUUUGUAUUGUAUUUAUCAUGUGGCAAUCCUUAAAUGGUGAUAAUCAUUGAUGUUUCGAUUAUAUGUCGCUUAUUAAUUCACCAUGGUGAUAAUGUUCUGCCAAAAAAUUAUUCGUAGCUCUCUGUAAUAUGUCCCCUGUUUGACUAUGAAAUCACACUGCAUUUUGAAUGAAUUUGUUAUCUGUAUGUGUGAGCAUGCCAGCUGUGCUGUAUUUUGAAAAUAAGUAUCUAGAAAUUGAAUAAACAUUUGCCAUUCUACUUUAA